GAAGCCGCAAAAAGCCGAGACAGUCCUGGUAAAAGGCAGGUGUGUGUGUGUGGGUGGAUGUGAGAGUUUCCAGUCAGGGUGCAAACAGCUACUGAAAAGCAACCUAAAGUACGGAUUACAAUUCGAGUUUUUGCUGAACCGGAGUUGGUUCGUAGAGGAGUUAUUAUGGCUUCAACCUAUGGGAUUGGCAAUAUUCUGACUGAUGUGAUGCGCUCUAUGUAUCAGACUGAAGAAAAUCAGCCCCUCUCCACGGGAGUCAAGGAACAGCUUCACAUCCCAAUGUUACCAACAGACAUGCUCGAUUCCACCUCUUGGUUUCAACUUGAUCCUCAGUUGUGGAGUAAGCAGCAUGUCCUGGAGUGGAUCAGUUACCAUGUUGAGAAGCACAAGUAUGAUGCAAACAAUAUUGACCUGUCCUUCUGUGACAUGGAUGGGAGCACUCUUCGGGCACUGACAAAGAACCAACUGGUAGCUAUCUUUGGUCCUUUGGGGGAAGAGCUCUACAAAAGUCAUCAGGAUUUAAGUAAAAACAGUUUUGAUCUGAUGCUGCCUGACGACUUCAGUGACAUUUUCUUGCCAAGCAUCCUGCCUGAAGACUGUAGCGAGUACAAGUUCCUGGACACUGUAAUUACCUGGAAUGAUUUGGACAAUGAAGAUGCACCAGAUCAUUGGAAAACCUUGCCUGAUUUCCUACCCAGUGAUCCUGGGUAUGAGUCUGCACCCACCUCUCCAUACAGCAUUGAUGACUCCAAUCCAGGUUCCCAAGCUCCCAAUUCUCCAGACUCCGGUGGAAGUGAAUCCGAUUUUGAUCCCUCAAUAACAAACAGUCAAUAUGCAACACAAAAUGAAGGAUUUCCUAAAAUUUCAAACUGUGAUGCCAACCCUCCCAAACGAGGAAGAGGCAGACCAAGAAAACUUGGCAAAGAAGAGAAGAACUGUGUAGAAACCAAGAAAAGUAAACACUCCCCACGUGGAACACACCUCUGGGAAUUUAUUAGAGAUAUCCUUCUUCAUCCAGAGAUCAACAAUGGCCUUCUGAAAUGGGAAGACCGGUCAGAAGGAAUCUUUAAAUUUCUAAAAUCUGAGGCUGUUGCACAGCUCUGGGGUGAAAAGAAAAAGAACAGCAGCAUGACCUAUGAAAAACUCAGCCGAGCCAUGAGAUAUUAUUACAAGCGUGAAAUUCUGGAACGAGUAGAUGGGCGGAGGCUGGUCUACAAAUUUGGGAAGAACUCCAGCGGUUGGAGAGUUGAAGAUGCAUGAUCAGAAUAUUUUUUUUCUUCCAUUUAAAAAUUCACUAACUCUUCAGAUAUGUUUGCUGGCAAACAAAUUCCAUCAGUGGGAGUGAGCUAACCCAGGCUGCAAUGGAUUUAAGACUUGCUCCAUUUGGGGAUGUGCUCCAUGGGCAUUUAAGUAGUGAAUUUUAUGAAGAGAUGGAUGCAUUUUUAUUUUUUAUUUUUAAUUCUCUACAUUUAUCAGACUCCAGCCUUUCAGGGCCAAAAGUGUGUGUCAUAAAGGUGGCACUGGAAAUAGUAAGCCUAUAUUUGGGCCAAAGUAGGUUAUUAAACCAAUUUUUAAACUGUUAUGGAUACGCUACAAGCUGUUUCACAAAACCCAUGGAGUGCACAACAGGUAUUUCAGACUGUGGGCAAAUGUGAACAGCUCCAAUCUCUGUUCUGUCCAGGUGUUGUUGUUGCUUCAGGAGUACCAAUCUGAGCAUGUGCCAUGGUGUGUACAUAUGGACAAUGUGGCUGUAUUGCAGGACUCCGUUCUGUUGCUUAUUCAUAGAAAUGUGUUGCUUACGCAUGAGAAGUGUGUUUUGCAGUAAAGUUUAUUUUAGAGAUUGAUAACCUAAUGUGUAUAAAUAUAUAUUGACAUUCCUUCAUGGCAAUUUGAAAUGUUGGAAACUUAUUCAGCUGGACUGGUGCAAUUUCCACAGGAAUGUGACUGUACAUAUGAUUUGAAGAGACACGAGGAUAAAUAUUCUCUAAAUAGAUUGCAUAGAUUUUGUAAGAAAUUUUAAGUCCCUAAACAUAAUUAUGGAUCUGUAUGUACUUUAUUUUCCUAUGGAAUACAUUGAUAUUUUGCAAAUAAAAACAGAUUUAAAUUCCAAA